AUGCAGAUAAAAAUAGUUUCAUGGAAUGUCCGUGGUUUAUGUAAACCGGAUAGAAGAGCGGAAUUAAAGACUCUUAUUAGUUUAUGGAAUCCAGAUGUUGCUUGUUUUCAGGAAACAAAGAUGGUGUAUUGGGAUAGAAGAAAAGUCCAAGAGUUAUGGGGUAAUAGUAAGUUCAAAUGGGUUGCUUUGAGUUCAAAUGGUAGAUCAGGAGGUAUAUUGAUUGUUUGGAAUUCUCGUGCUAUAGAGGUCGAUGAUUCUUUGAUAGGGGCUUUUACUGCGUCAAUUCGUUAUGUGGGAACGUAUUGGGGGGAUCCAUGGUGUCUUUGUGGUGAUUGGAAUGUUGUUCGUUUUAGCAAUGUGAGGACUGGUGAGCAACUAGUUUCCACUGUCAUGCAAAAUUUUAACAAGAUUAUCAAUGACUUUGGUUUAAUCGACAUACUGCCCAUUGGUUCUUCUUAUACGUGGAGUAGGAACGAAAGUAUCAGUAGAAUAGAUAGAUUUUUGGUGGAUAAUGAUUGGGAGGAUCACUUUGUUAGGCUCGAACAACAAAUUUUGGUGAGACCUUUCUCAGACCAUUGGCCUUUAUCUUUAACCUCUGAAGGAGAAGGGUGGGGGGAAAUUACUUUUCGCUUCCAGGAGAUUUGGUUUGAAGAUCCUCAUAUUCUGAAUUUAAUGAAAAAUUGGUGGGAGUCAGCUUCGUUCCACGGAAAUCCAGGCUUUGUAAUGGCAAAAAAGCUUCAAUUUCUUAAAGGAAAACUGAAAGAGUGGAACAAAAAUGUUUUCGGGAACUUUAACAGGAAAAUUGAGGAGAAUCUUGUUCAAAUUCAAAGACUUGAUGCAGAACAAAGGCUAAUUGGUUUGAUGGACACUUUACGUUCUUCAAUUUUGCAGGCCAAAUGUGAGUUUCAUAAACUUUCAAAAUUAAAAGAUAUUUAUUGGAGACAACAAGCAAGGGUGGAAUGGUUUAUGCAAAAUGAGAGAAAUACUAAAUUCUUCCAUAAACGAGCUUCUUCGCGUCAAAGAAGCAAUUCUUCUUCUCAACUGAAUGUUAAUGGAUCUCUUACUUCUGAUAAGGAAAUUAUAAAAUCUACUAUUGUGGAGUAUUAUUCGGAGUUAUUUAGGGAAACUGCAACUUCUAGACCUCAGCUAGAUGGUCUUAAUUUUCCUUCUAUUAAUGCGUUCCAAGCUGCAGCUCUUGAAGGUCCUUGCGACGAAGAAGAAGUUAGGAGGGCUAUCCACGCCUUGGGUGGCGAUAGAUCCCAGGUCCAGAUGGCUUCCCUAUUAUGGUUUUUAGUAGAUGCUGGGAUUUCAUGA